CACCUACCUCCCAAGGCAUUGGAGCUCUUGCGCAAUUUGCUCUUUUGUAAGAACUUUCUUUAGUAACGCCCUCGGAUGCACGGAUGCACCACCAGAGGAGCUUUCUUCUUGAUCUAUCAUCACUCAGAGAGCUUGGCGUGCAGUUUCGUUGAAAGUUCAAUGAAGGAAGGGUAUUCAAAAGGAUCAAAAGCAGUGCUGCUGACCGAGAAAUCCAAUACUAACACCCAACAAGGCAACAAUCCACGGUUUAGGUAGCCGCCUCCUGCCUGUCGCUUCAACCGCGCUCGAGGUGCUCGACGGGAUGCCGAAGAGAGCCUUCAGAUACGCUGUGGUUGAUGCGUUCACGGAUGAGCCGUUCAAGGGCAACUCCGCGGCCGUCUGCCUCCUCGAGGAUGACGGCGCUGGCGACGGAGGAGAGCCGCUCGACGAGCGGUGGAUGCAGGCGGUGGCGGCGGAGUUCAACACCCCCAUCACCGCCUUCUUGGUCCGUUCCGGUCCCUCCGAUGCCGGCGCCGGCGCUGCGGUCGUGACUGCCCAGUUCCGUAUCCGCUGGUUCACUCCGGUCCGUGAGAGUGAACUUUGCGGGCAUGGAACAUUAGCUGCUGCACACUACUUGAUAGCAUCUGGUCUUGUGGAGUGUGAUGCUAUAGAGUUCUUGGCAAAAUCUGGACGUCUAACAGCUAAGAAAGUCCUUGGAUCAAAGAAUGCAACUCCUGCACAACAUACCUGCUCAAAGUUCAUGAUAGAAUUGGAUUUUCCUGUUAUCCCGGUGGUAAAAUGCAAUUCUGCAGAGAUGUUACCAAUUCCUGAGACUUUAAGUGGCGCUUCGGUUAUUAAUGAGCUGCAAGCUGUCUCUGCUUUUUCUGACUUCAUUGUGGAAGUCAGUUCAUGUGAUGAAGUUGAUAAUGUUUGUCCUAACAUUGCUGAGCUAGUCCAGUGUCCUGGAAGAGGCAUCGCCAUUACAGGCCCAGCUCGUGAAGGAUCUAGCUAUGAUUUUGUCACCCGUUUCUUCGCCCCAAAAUAUGGAAUAAAUGAGGAUCCAGUAUGUGCUAGCGUACAUUGUUCGUUGGCUCCUUACUGGGGCAAGAAGCUGGGGAAACAAAACAUGACAGCCUUCAUGGCCUCCCCAAGGAGUGGAACACUGUAUCUGCAAUGGGAUGAGGAAGCUCACAGAGUCCGAAUCCAAGGAGAAGCUGUUACUGUCAUGCUUGGCUCUCUUCUUGCCUAGAGUCAGUUGCUGCCUGACCAUUGAAAAUAAAAGCUGUUUACAAAUCAUGGGUUUACCUUGACUGAAAGUUUCAGUAAAAUCAAAGGAGCAUUAAGUGGACUUUGAAGGUUGCAAUUAGGAGUCACAGGCAAUAACCAUGACAAAAGUAACAGAGGCAUGCAUAACCAGGUUUUAAGGACACUCGACUAAACUGAACAAAUGCAGUCGUUUUUUCCUUUGUUAUUUUGAGCAAAAAAUACUGACUGAAAUCAUCCCAUGUUGUAAUUAUUUUUCCAGCACCACUAAGUAUUGUCAUCAUUAUGUA